CUGACCACAGUGAUGUGCAUUAAUGAUAGAACGCUCAAUGGUUCCAGGUGUUGUGUUGUCCUGUUCUAUGAUUUUGUUGAAUUGUUGGUGAAAUAAAAAUAGGGAAAUAUCGUGAAGAUUGUUUUUUUAAAUGAUUGAUAUUUAAAAAAAUUUGAAUUUUCGCGACAUUUAAGGUUCGUGCAGUGAUUAUAAAUGUAACAAAAAAGGGGAGAAUAGAGAGUGAAAUUUUUGCAAAAUGUAAAAAUCAGUUGAUGUGGAUAAAAACUAUCUAGAAAUGUGAAAAAUAACCAAAUUGUUAGCAUUUUGAGGUCAGAGAGUGAAGUGUCGCCAGCAUUAAAUGUGAAUAAUUAAGGCCAGAAAAAAAUUGUGAAGACAUAAAAUAAGAUAAAAACAGUAGAAAGUUUGCCAAUCAUUUAAAUUUGGCUCCACCAGAACCUGAUCGCGUUCCUCAACGUCGAUCAAUGGAUCGCUCCUUCCCAAUGGCUUCAAAGGUAUAGUCGUUAACCGCCGACUAUAUUGACCCAUUCAUUUACUCACCGCUCAACUCGCAACCGAUCCUACCUCGCGGGUCGCUUUUUGCGUCGUUAAAGGUCUCAAAAUUGCAUGCCGAGAAACAACCUUGCUAAUAUUCAUGUACACGCGAAAAUUCCAUUUGGGCAAACCAGUUUCCUCACUCUAAAGAUAUUUGCAAUAAAAAAAGAUACUUCAUGUCUCAGUCAAAACAAUAAGAGUCCGGUAAACACGUAAAUUUUUGCGUCGAAAAAAAAAAUCUAACGCGGACAUUUAGCUACAGGAAUUGGGUUGCGUGAAAAGAAAGAUAGUUUUGGUGAUAGUACGGCCUUGGGGGAAAGGUACUGUGUGAAGCUGCCUAGACGAAAGGAGGAGAUCCCUUGAUUUUGGAUUAUUCGAAUUGCAGGAGAAGGUGGCAUAUACCAGUGAAGGAGCGGAGCGCCGGUGGGUGCGUCAAGCCGUUAUGGGGGUCUUGCGUUGGCGCGAUCUGCCCGGAUCGCGGGCAUCGAUUGGAAAUUCAAACAACAACAAUAAUAACAAUAAUCGUUCUGAGGAAGCCUUAUGUCGUGGCUUCUAAAUCCUCAUCCAGGAUUCACAGAAAUUUACCGACAAAACUAUUCGGAGUAUUAGCCAAGCAACUGCUAGAAAUUGAAAGUAAAUGAUGUACUUGAAGUGGUUGACCUUCUUAUUGAGGAAAUCAUCGCCUUUUCCGAAAACUGGCAAUCAACACUUGGAAACUCAAAAUGCCCGUGACGAGCGUAUACCAAAUCCUCAUUCACCACAUGAUAUCACAUCACAGAAUCCAAAUGGGACCCUUCACCAUUCGGCCAGUCGUUCAACCCUACGACAUUCAAUCAGUUCACAAUCGCAAUCGAAUUCGACACCGAAUUCACCCCAUUUGGGAGGUGGCAGUGGCAAUCAUCAUCACUAUCUGUCCAAUGGUCAUCAAUAUCAAUCACAAACGUCUGUUUCAUCACAAUCAUCCACGGCAUCAACGAUACCUGCAUCACAGAGACUCCUGCAAGAAGUCCUCUCCAACCCGACCCCAUAUCCGAUGAUUGUCUUACCCACAACUGGAGGAUAUUGGGUCGAUGGGACAGACCAUGAAUGUGCUUUCGAUUCCAGAGGUAAUGCUGUCCUACCACAAAGCACUUGGCGAGCUAAGUUCGAAACAGACGACACGGCCAAGUGUUACAGGAGAUUUUUCGUUGGAAGAGAACACUCAAAUUUGGUGGGCUACGAUGACCAGCUUGGGCCAGUCCUCCUGUCCAUUAAGACAGAGAACGUAGCAAAUCAGGAGCAUUAUAGGAUAUUAUUGAGGCUACGAACAGGAACAAUGCAUGAAAUCAUACCAGUCUCAUGCUUAGCACCAAAUCCGAGCCCAAUUAGGAUGGCGCGACUUCUAAACGAACAGAUUAACGUGGACAAUUUCAUGCCGGUCCUAUGCCCCAAAGCAUCGCAGUUGAUUGCAAACUACGAUGAGCACGUUAUUGUAUCGAAUUUCAAAUUCGGUGUACUUUACCAAAGAUUCGGACAAACGGCAGAGGAGGAGCUGUUCAGCAACAAUAACUCAUCGCCUGCUUUCGAGGAGUUUCUCGAUGUCCUCGGUCAAAGGAUUAAACUCAAAGACCACAAAGGCUACCGAGGUGGAUUAGACAUCCAAAACGGACACACUGGCGAUACUGCAAUAUAUGAAGUGUUCAAGGAGCGUGAAAUAAUGUUCCAUGUAUCAACCAUGCUCCCAUACACAGAAGGCGACCCGCAACAAUUGCAAAGGAAGCGCCACAUUGGCAACGAUAUAGUCGCCAUUGUGUUCCAGGAAUCGAACACUCCCUUCUCGCCGGAUAUGAUUGCGAGCCACUUUUUGCAUGCAUUCAUCAUAGUUCAACCAUUAGAACCAAAUACAGAAAACACAAGGUACAAAGUUAGCGUAACGGCCCGAGAUGAUGUUCCAUUUUUCGGUCCAACACUCCCUAGUCCAGCCGUUUUUCGAAAAGGGCCGGAAUUCAAGGAGUUCAUACUCACCAAAUUGAUAAAUGCGGAAAAUGCUUGUUACAAAGCAGAAAAAUUCGCUAAAUUAGAACUUAGAACCAGAACGUCUCUACUACAGAAUUUAGUAGAGGAAGUUAAGGAAAGGACACGGGAAUUUUUGGGAGCUGAUAUUAUUUCUACUACUGGCCCGUCAAGCCCCACCCCAGAUACAUCGAAAUCCGAAAGCAGUACGGCAGGAUCUCGAUUCAUUGAUACGGUCAAGAAGGCUUUGAUUGCACGUGUGAGGUCACAGAGUGUCGAUACUAGUGGCAUGGUAAAUGGCGGGUCCGGUGAGAAAUUAAAUGUUAUCACCACAGGCAAAAAGAAGGAGGCCAGCAUCACUGAAACUCCUAAUGUGAAUGUGAGUAUUUAUGGGACGGCCAGUCGAUCCGGGUCAAAAUCAUCAUCCAAAAAAUCCUCAUCUAAUGAUUCAGCCUCAUCAUCACCUGAUAUCACAUCACGUGGUCCGCUCAGCAACAAUAAUAACAAUAACACUGCAAGUAACAUGCAGAAUGUUAAUAACAACAAUGGAAUUGCAACAAUGUCGGAAACUAGCGAUGAUUCUAGCUUGAAUAGUGUCGACUUAGAUCCAAUGGGACAUUUGGAUACCGGCGCUACUUAUAUCGAUAGUGAUACAGGCUUGGAAUCAAUGUCAUCGGCCGAGGCAACAACAAAAGCCUGCUCCCUAUGUUUGGAUGGUUCACAGAGUGUAAUGGGGACAUCACCUAGUGAGACAAUUGCCCAAAUUGAAAAUUUAAGGCAAGAAGUGACAAGGUUGAAAUGCGAUAAAUUGGAUUUGCUGCGACAGAAUGUGACAUGCCAGCGAGACAUCAAACGAUUGCGUGAACGUGAGGUAUCUUUACAGGGUGACUUGGCUGCAGCCGGUAAAGAGAUUCUACGACUACGGGACUUAAUUAAGGAUUACAUACCAUAAACCUUGUAACACUAAGUGUUUGUAGUAGUAUUAGCAAAAUGCAACGAGUUCACCACCAACCACACCACUUGCAUCAACCACUUUAACCAACGCCACUGUCCAUCAUUACACCUCCACAUGCUUUAUGUUCCCAACGAAAGGACUCAUCAACUUUCUAAAAGCAUCCAGAGCCAUUUUACGAAGGGAGAACUCGACAAGAGGAGGAAACAAUUUCUAAAUUCUAUUGUUUUUAAGGAUUAACUAGUUCUAAUCAAAAAUCCUUUGUAAAUAGAAGAUAUUAAUACAAAAAUACAAAAUAUAUAUUUACAUGUUAGCUUUGUAGUAGUUUAAAUAUUUAUAUACAAAAGAAGGCAAAAACAUACACACCUGAAAUAUGAGAAAAUAUAUAUUAAAAACUAUAACGACACAUGUACGAGUAGAAUUUAAAACAAUGUCUUACGUAAGGACACUCUUACACACGAUACUUUCAAGAUACACCAAAAAUUAAUAAAAUUAUUAUCAUACUAAGAUGAAAACUAAGAAAUGCAAAAGUUAGGAAGCCGAAGCGGGAGCAGCCACAUUGGGAAUUACUUUCAAUGUUCAAGGACGACAUAGAAUGCAAAGAUCCACACAAGAAGUAUUUGUUAAGCAAAAAAAUUGAUAUGCUAAUAUGCAACGGAGGAAUACACCCUGAAUGUUGACCACUAGUAAUUAUCAUUACUAUUAUUAUUACUACGUAUUAAGGAGCUUACAAAAACAAAGAAUUUGUUUAAAUGUCAAUUAAAUGUUGUUAUGGAGAGCAAAUGUGCAUAAUAUUAUCACCCUUUUGCGCUAAUACCAAUACCAAAAUACUUGUUCUUAGAAUAUUGUUCAAUGGAGGGAGAGUAAAAUGAUCAAUUGGUUUUGAUAUUGCCUCGUUAUCCCAAAGAAUAUUAGGAUAAAUUUCGGCCUAAUUUGUUUUAGCUAUAUCCUCUCUGAUAUUAGCCUUUAUUGGAAUUAUUCUGUAUUAAUUUGCUCUACUCCCCCCUUACAAAGUUUUAUAAUUUAAAUUAAUAUUCUUCCUCCAUACACUCUUUAUUGUUUCGUAUUUAUUCGAGCCACAAAACGUACACACACAACUACAGAUUAAACGCAGAAUAAAGCAAGAAUAUACGCGAAAUACGAAAUAGUAAGAAAGAAACAAUGAAAUUACCAAAAUCAUUCUACAAUAUUAUUAAACGCUUAGACUAAGAUAAAUUUAGAUAUUUAUUCUAAAGUUAUACAUUCUUUUGUUUUUCUAUUCUAUUUUUAUUUUCUUUUGAUUUGGAGAAUAUUUGAAGUCUAAUUUCUGUUCAAUUUAAUUUUUUUCUUUUUUUUUUCGCUCAAUUAUUUGAAGUAUGGAAUCAUCGAAAGUGAAGUGAAAAUUUCUGACAGAAAUGCAAUAAAUGGAAUGGAAAAUUUUUGAAAUUUGAAUAUUUUUAUUUAGAGAAAAGUAUAUUCGAGAUAUCCUUUAAAUAUUUUUUUUUUUUUGCGGCAACUUUGAUUAUUACAAUCUUCAAAUUGAAAUUGGAUUUUAUUUUGUUUUCUUUUGAAAAGUUUAAAUAGAUAAUUCGAGGAUAUGUUUCUGUUUGAAAAAUGAUUCUAAAAAUGUGAAAUAAAGAGAGAGACGAAAAUGUUUAAAUAUAUAUUAUUUUAACGAAAA